CGCUUUCGGAGCCGCAUCCACCCGGCGUCGCAGCGCCACCUAAUGGCCGGAGGUGCAACGAAAGGGAAGGAGAGCGCGCAGGUGAGCGCGCGCGGGGGGGGGGGGGGUCCCACCUGCCAGCCGCCCCAGACCAGAGAAAGUUGCAUCAUCAUCAUCAUCAUCAUCAUUAUUAUUAUUAUUAUUAUUAUUGAAUUUCUACGGCUCCCAACACCCGAGGAACGGAGGGCGUUUUGCAACCACAACUAUGUUGCGCAUUUUGGUACUUUCGUAUUGCAAAAUAUUUUUUUGCUUCCCUACCUUUUCAUUAAUUAGGUCUUUGGCUGAUUAAACCAUCUAUUGUGGUCUUUUAAAGUGUGUGCAUUGUUGGGCAGGGGGAAGGUGUUUAUUGCUUUCGUUUGUUCUUAUGGUAUGUAUUUUUGUAUUUUUCUUUUUAAUAAUAUUUUUUAUUAGUUUUCCAAAUUAUUACAAAUCCGUUCAAAUGACUUUAAUGUAAUUUCUUAAAAUCAGGUUUCUCACUCCCGUUGCGAACAUACGUCCAUCUCUUCUUCCUAUUGCCACAUCUUGUUUAAUAUCCAUGUCAUCCUUUAAGAGUUGUCCAUUCUUACAGUAAGCUGCAAUUUUUGUGUUUUUCUACUGUAAACCGCCCUGUGUUUCCUCGGACGAAAGGCGGCAUAGAAAUUCAAUAUAUAACAGUCAUCUAUCAGUGAAGCUGUGCGAUUAGCUGGCAGGCGAGCGGUGCCUUAUGACAGCCAACCUUAAAGCGUUUAAAGCCGACGUUGUUUGUUCUCACGAUACAAAGAAAAGCCGACACGCAGGUCAGCUAUUUGAAAACGAGUUUUGUUUCCUUUCUUAGUAAACAGGCCGCUCAGGCAUCCGUACCGACACUCGGAAGUCUCUAUGGUCGGCCGUCGACUUCCGUCGACGCGUUUUCUGUGCCCUCCCCUUUUGGACGCGAAGGCCCGCCUCCUUUUCCUCCGCGCGAGCGCCGCUAUAUGAUUGGCUGCCGAAAGUUCCUUCCUUCCUUUUGCCGGAGACGCCGCCAAGAUGGUGAGUUCUCGUCGGGCUCCCCCGAGUUCCCUGGGAGAGGCGGCUUCAAUCCGAAUUAGCCCCGCGCCAUCCUUUGUCCGCUGGCCUUCGGAGCGGCUACUCUCCCUUCAGCGGGGCUUUCUGGUUGUGCUGGGCCGGUUAUUGGGCGGGAGGAGGGAGUUUUAGGGGUCCGGCUCGCGGUCUGAACGGCGCACCCCCCCUCCACCGCUCUGCUUUCGGGCUUAGUGUGCGGCCUGGUCUACCAAUAAACGGGGAUGGCGGAGCGUGUGUGUGUGUGUUAUAUCAAAAUGUCCUCUCCUGUAUCAGCUUUCUUCCAAGGUGUUGCUGCUGUUUCUGUAUCCCCAAUUUCCACCAUCCCUUGCCGUGCUGGCCGAGGCUGGUGAGAUUUGGGAAUCUCAACCACUUGGAGGGCGCCGGAUUUAUGGAAGGGCUGCUAGUUCAAUGAAUCGCUAUUUUAUCUUAUUGUAUUUCAUGUCUGCCUAAACUUCAGAGGCAGGGUGGGGGUAGGUAGCAGUUUAUACCCCUCCCUUGAAAAAUAGUUGAAAUUUGGCACUUUAAGGUAGCUUCAAAUCGUUGCAUUGGCAGACAUUAAUACACACGGUGUCUUUGAAUUUUGUUUUUUUGUUGCAGAACGACACGGUCACCAUCCGAACAAGGAAGUUCAUGACCAACAGGCUGCUUCAGCGUAAGCAGAUGGUGAGGCAGAUGUGUUAAUACUUUUAUUUGGUUCAUUCAUAAUCAUAGCCUAAUUUUCACGUACAUAAAGUUCUAUGUCUGUGUUAAAGCUGAGGUUGGUAAAUUUAGUGACUGCAGUGUUUUUCCUGGAUUAAUUAGUAAUAUAGCAUUAUAUUUUGGGACGCUACAGUGUGUUGAUCUGUUUUUGUUACUGUGUUAAUAUCUUGAGUUGCAGUUAUAAGCAAAGUUUCUUGAAUGGUUAUCGAGAAGUUUUAUUUUAGAUUACUAAAAUAUCUGAUAAAUUGUCAUGCUCCCUCUACUGUUAAUGUUAUUUUUUGGCAUGAUAACAUACUGUGGCAUAGCAAGGAGUGCAUUGGAAAGCUGGAAUGGUCCAGCCGGUUUGUCAGUCUUUCUAUGUGAGGGUAAACAAGGGCUACUCAGAUUUAUCAAUCUUUUGUUCAUUUAUAUGUUGAAUGUAUUGUUAACUUUCUAGUUCAUAAGUUAAUAUAUAUUUGAACACCAGUGAUCCCGCCUUCCAACUGAAGCUAGCUGUAAUAGACUCAGAACUUAAGAAUGCUUUGUACAGGAAGACUAGAAGCUAAAGAAAUUACUAGCUAUAUUCCAGAAUGUGGCAGUGGAACCUGAAUUUUCCCCUAGCAAAUGUUUCCGUACUGCUUUUCAUUCCCAUGUUCAAAAGUUUAUAUUGCAUCCUAAUAUAUAUGUCCCACACAGGGCAUUGCUACCACUGUGCUAGGAGCAUCUUGUACUCUGAUGUGCAUGUUUUGCCUUGUGGUUUACACUUCUUGUGAUACUGAAGCAGUCUUAAAUGACAGAAAAGUCCUUAAAGUGCAUUGCAUAUAAAGAAAACCAGUAUAGCACAAUCAGUUGGUGGAAUUCAUUCGUUUUGCUAUUUUACAUGUUUCCUCUGCACCAGCACAUUGGUUUGCCAGAGAGAACAUUUUGCCACACAUGCUAUUUGGGGCUUCUCCCAACUCCUUGGAACCAAUUCCAAGGGGAGGAAAGCUCUAUUAAAGAAGCCCUUGUAAAGUUCUUCCACUGACAUUAGGUGAAACCUACCCAGUAGCUUUUUGCAGGACUGCCAUCUGCACUACGUGCAAAAAGUAUGUAAAUAUAAAGGUAAAAGGUAAAGGUACUUCUGCCCGUAUGGGCCAGUCUUGACAGACUCUAGGGGUGUGUGCUCAUCUCACUCUAGAGGCCGGGAGCUAGCGCUGUCUGCAGACACUUCCGGGUCACGUGUCCAGCGUGACGAAGCUGCUCCGGCAAGCCGGCACCAGAGCAGCACACGGAAACGCCAUUUACCUUCCCGCUAUACAGCGGUACCUAUUUAUCUACUCGCACUUAAGGGUGCUUUCGAACUGCUAGGUGGGCAGGAGCUGGGACCGAAUGACGGGAGCUCACCCCGCCGCGGGGAUUCGAACCGCCGACCAUGCGAUCGGCAAGUCCUAGGCGCUGAGGUUUUACCCACAGCACCACCCGCGUCGCCAUGUAAAUAUAAAUAGGUUUUUUUAUUGCCACCUGAAUAACAUCAGUGCUGGGGGACAGCUGGAUUUCUGUAGAGGAUGUUUAGGGCCUACAUGUGUGUGACAAAAUAAAGUAGCUCACGAAUAGUAACUUUUGUGAAGCUCUUUGUAUUCAUAGGUCUCCCCCCCCCCAAUACAUUAAAAGUGUUUAAUGUUUUGUCAAUUCUGUAUAGGUGAUAGAUGUUCUUCAUCCUGGAAAGGCCACUGUUCCCAAAACUGAAAUCCGCGAAAAGUUGGCCAAAAUGUACAAGACAACCCCAGAUGUCAUUUUCGUCUUUGGCUUCAGGACUCAUUUUGGAGGUGGGAAGACAACAGGCUUUGGCAUGAUCUACGAUUCCCUCGACUAUGCAAAGAAAAAUGAACCAAAGCACAGACUAGCCAGGGUAGGCUUCUUCGGUUGUUUACCUUGUUUGGAAAGACUGGGGUGGUUGUGCUAAAUAGUUUUUCUUUCUUUCUGGGACCUUUUGAAGCGUUUGUUCUGCUAAAGAUACACUCUUCCUGUUGAAUUUUUUAUUUUAAAAUGGUAUCUUAAACUAUUGUUGUACUUAGUGGUAUUAAGAAGGUUGAUAUUGAUAACAUCAGUAUUUUAUUUAUAUCUAUGUGUAUCUUGUCCGUCCCCUCAUUGCAGUGAACCUUUUCAUGCAAAGCAGAUGCUGUGCUCAGUUGGGAUGGCUCAGUUGGUUGAGCAUCAGACUCUUAAUGUCAGGGCUGUUGGUUUGAGCCCUACAUUGGGCAAAAGAUUCCUGCAUUGCAGGGUACUGACUAGAAGACCCUUGUAAUCCCUUCCAACUGUGUACAAUUCCACGAUUCUCCCAUGUUUAACUUGUAACAACUUCAUGUUCCUAUAAAUACUUGCCAUUACACUCUACUAGAAGCCAGUGUGCUGUAGGGGUUAAGAGUGGUAGACUCAUAAUCUGGUGAACCAGGUUGGUGUCUCCGCUCCUCCACAUGCAGCUGCUGGGUGACCUUGGGCCAGUCACACUUCUCUCAGAAGUCUUUCAGCCUCACUCACCUCACAGAGUGUUUGUUGUGGGGGAGGAAGGGAAAGGAGAAUGUUAGCCGCUUUGAGACUCCUUUGGAUAGUUAUAAAGCGGGAUAUCAAAUCCAAACUCCUCCUCUUCUACUGAAAUUGUCAACAUCGCCACUUUUUAGUGUGCCUACAUACAUCAUAAGAGGCCUGGCUACCAAGUCUUGUGAGGAAAGGCUCAAAUGAUCUGGGUGUGUUGAGCCUUGAUUAGAGUUUAGAACAUAAUAAUGAGAGCCAUCUUCAACUUUUGAAGGGUUGUCAUAUAAAUAAGAGAGUGAAUUUGCCUUAUGUCGCUUCAGAGGCCACAACCUGAAUUACAGUCGUACCUUGGAAGUCAAACAGUAGCCAUUCCGGAAGUCCGUUCAAUUUCCAAAAUGUUCGGAAACCAAAGUGCAGCUUCUGAAUGGAAGCUGCGGCAGCCCCGUCGGAUGUUCAGCUUCCAAAAAUAGUUCACAAACCGGAACAGUCACUUCUGGGUUUGUGGCGUUUGGGAGCCAGAAUGUCUGAGAACUAAGCUGUUCAAAAACCAAGGUACAACUGUAUUGGGUUCAAAUGAGAAGAAAAAGCAUUUUGCAAGCUGUUCAGUAGUGGAGUCAACUGCCUAGGAAGCUGGUGGGCUCUGCUUUGUUACACUUUCUAAGUAGAGGCUGAAUGUCUACCUAUCAGGGAUGUUGUGCAGUGGUACCUCGGGUUAUGAACAGUCCUGCUUAUGAACGCUUCGGGUUAUGAACUGUGCAAACCCGGAAGUAGGUGUCCUGGGUUGCGAACUUUGCCCUGGGAUAUGAACGCAAUCCUCUUCCGGGGCCAUGGGAGGCCUAUGUAGGGAAUGCACGCUUCAGGUUAAGAAUAGACUUCUGGAAUGAAUUAAGUUCGUAACCUGAGGUACCACUGUAGUGGAUUUCCUGCAUUGGCAGCAGGAUUGGAUGUCUUUUUAUGACUGUCCAAGGUUAAAUGCCAGUGUGUACUUUGAGUGAUUUACUUUGCUUUCCUUUUACUAGCAUGGUUUGUAUGAAAAGAAAAAGACUUCAAGGAAACAGCGUAAAGAACGUAAGAACAGGAUGAAGAAAGUCAGAGGAACAGCUAAAGCAAAUGUUGGAGCUGGCAAGAAGGUAAGUUCAACCCAUCAGUGCUCAUAAGCGCAGUCAUUGUUGUAACUAUAUUGGAUGUUUCAUGACAAAAAUAACCUUUUCCUUUUCUUUCAAAUUUCAACUUUUACUUCUGGAUUGCAGAAGGUAACGCUGAGAUGCUGCGUAGUUCUUAGCUUCUCAAGUAGUUUAGCUUUUGUGCAUCUCUUAUUACUUAGUAGAUAACAAAGUAAACAGGUAACAGUACCUAGUCUCCAAAGUCUUCAUCUGAAGAUGGAGGGUUUUGGAGUGUCUUUUUCCCACCCUUUCCCUCUUGCGUAGCUAAAGUAGAUCUUGCCUGACCCCAUCCUGUCCUGCCUUACCCUCCAAAUUAGCACAUACUAAUGGCAACUAAAUGAGACUUGAAAUGUCCCUCAGUAAAGUGGGUACAGGUAAAUAGAAAAACACUUCCUGGCAUUUAAUGGAGUUGAAACGUGGAGCAUUCAAGUUGAAUACAAGUUUUGCUUAACAUAUAACAGUGCAGAAAUCAGACUUAAACCCAGUAGGCAUUUUUAACAUAAGCAUGGUUUAAAUUUGGAUUUUAAAUAGCCUUGAGUUCAAACUUUUCAUUAAAUGACUGACUUACUGUAAAUUCAAUCUUUUGAUUAGUAGUAAUCCUUUACUUUCACCUUUUUUCCUACUUUCUUGGGAUUCUUGUUGAUCAGAAAUGAAGUGCCUAGCAGGUACCGAGAAUAAGCAUGGAUGUGAUUGCGUGUAUUAUGCAUCACUUGCUUGACUUCCUAAUGCUCCCUUGCUUUGUCUGUGUGUUUUUGCUUUGGAACAAAAUUUUCUUGCCUCUAUAGAUUUUAAUUUCCAGUAGGAAAUACUUUGCUGUAGUAUCAGGCAGGUUUGUAAGCUUAAAUGUGCUGUAGUUAAUAUACAACAUUUAUAAAUUGAGUAGCAUCCCCCGUAUUGAGAACAAGUGUGGCCCUAGAUGUCUAAAAUGUAUGUUGCAUGUUCUCACUUAGUGUGCAACAACCUUCUUGAAAGUUUGAUGAAGUUUCAUGCUUCAGGCUGCCAUACACCAAGGCAAAUAUUCUGCUUAUAAAAACACUACAUUGUGGGUUGAAUUUACAUGUGAGAACUGCUUAUAGCUGAACAAGUUGGUAACUAAAACACUCGAAAUCCUGUUCCCUUCUGUUGAAUGUUGAGGAUUUAGUCCUCUUUUCUUUUUUUAAUGCAGCUGGCAAUUCAUACACUAUAAAAAUUCAUAUUGUUCUAGGCUUUAACUUUUAUCUGAGACUUUCAAAUAGUUAAAUGUACCUCCUGCUUCACCACAAGCACAGAACAGUCCCAUUAUCCAGGUGUCCCCCACACUGCUUCAGGUGCAAGGCUGCAUCUGCUUCUGGAGCUCUUCACACCAGCAUCCUUGUUUCUCCUUUUCUGUGAUGCUACAUCAUGAGCCUGCCUGCUUCAAUAUUGGCUUACAACCAUAUGAGAACAAAUAACAUAGGUUUAGGCAUCACAAUACCUUCACAAGGCACUUUCCCUAUCUCAUAGAUUGUAAAGUCUUCCUUGGAACUGUUCCAUUCAUAUAUAACUUAAAGUGAAACUUAACGACACUGCUGAUGUGCCUGUAAAGGUGGAAAACUGAGUGGGGAUCAGGACCACAAACCCCUCAGUUUAUCUAUACUUUCCUGUAUUCUAGCGGCUGCUGAGCUAUGGAGUACAGUCAUACCUCGGGUUAAAUGUGCUUCAGGUCGAGCAUUUUCAAGUUACGCUCCAUGGCGACCCGGAAGUAAUGGAGCGCAGAGGCUCAAAAUGACGUCACUCGCAUGCGUGGAAGUGGCGACACGCGCAGACGCGUGUUACGUUCUACUCAGGAUGCGAACGGGGCUCUGGAACGGAUCCCGUUUGCAUCCAGAGGUACCACUGUAGAGAGGAAUAUGGCCUGAUGCUGUUACAUAGGUCACAUAGUGUGGCUCACUGCUGCAUAUUAGCAAUUGCAUAUUCUAAAUAUAAUUGCAAAUGCACACAAAGUAUUUGAAUCCUUGUGUAGUAGACCUUAUCAUACCACUUAGGCUUGUACAUUGAUGUGUGUUUAUCUAGUAAGUGUCCUGGCUUUUUGUGAGAAGCUUUUUUUUAGUAGUGGGAGGCAAGGAAUUGUUUGCCUUUUGUCUAGUUUGCAAUAAUCCCCCUUAAGUUGCGAACAACUUACCCUUAACCGUGGCAAACUGCUUCUUAAGCUAUUCACUUGACAAGCAGCCAGCUCCUAAGCUACCUGUGGCUAUUUUCUCUCACCUUCAAAAUCGUCCUGCAACUUGACUUUUUCUCACCUAAUCCUUUGUGUUUCAUCGCUGUACUAUUUAUGCUGCAAACUUGGGUCUUGACACAACUGAAACAGGAAGCCUGCUAAUAAGAUUCUGGGCCUGAUUCUUUAGUUAGCCCAAGGCUACAACUAAAAUUAAUUCUGUAUACAUGUAAGGUAUGGAAAUAGGUGCCAUCCAGUAGUGUAAAAACAAUGGUACAUAGCCUAAAGGGGUUGUCUUGUCUUUUAAAUGAAAAUGAUGUGAUUAAAGAUAUACUGACAUCUUUUUCUCCCUUUCUUACAGUGAGCCAGCAGUGGAUUUUAACAGGUAAAAGUACAUCCAUCCUUCAUUGCUGAGGGACCUGCUUAUUGCUAGUCUCUUCAGAAGUUCAUUCCUCCUGAAGGCUUUCUGAUAACUGAUGGUUAACUUCCUUCAUUGGGGUUCUUUAAAAACCUCCUUUAGGUGCAUGUCACAGUAACUAUCAUAAAUAUCUGCAGCAGGAAGUAGUUCUUCCUUGAAGGGUAUUGUGGGGAGUGAUCUGGCUCCUCAGCACAGCCUAACUCCUCCCAUCUUCAAGGGUUGGGGAAAGAGGUGGGCAGAGCAGUCAAAGUUAAAAUGCACCCCACAUUAUCUGCAGAGUCUUCUGAACAGUUGGGGCAACUGGCUGGAUUGAAAUUGCCACACAAUUGAAAAAUCCCUUUUAGACAUGCUUGUAAAAAUUUAUUUACUUAACAGUUGGUGGGGGGAGAAUUCCUUAGCUUUAUAGAACGAACGUAUAUUUAGUGCACGAUAUUGACUGACAUUCUCUUCCCUUUCCUUUACAGAAAUUAAAUUAUCCUGGCAGAAAAUAUAUGGAGAUUGUACUGUUGUGUUGCAUUCCGGUCAAAUAAAUUCUGUGAAAACUCAAAUGAUGGGCUCCUAGAAUUUACUUGAUAAAUGUAGCAUAAUUCAGAUCUGUAGGUUAAAAAAAAUAAAGAAAGAAAAGUAUCUCUUAAU